CAAUUCUUUUCAUCGCGUGCUCAUCUGUGGCUCACUUGCCUCCCGAGCCGCACAUUCUAUGCACAUACAAUGAUAUUAAGGUAGUAUCCACCUCGCUCGCCGCCAUUUCCCCGGGGAAAUAUGUCGGCCACGCUCUCGGAGUAUCUGGAGAGCCUUCAAGGCGCCACCUUGAAGAAGCUGUACCGCCAGCCUUCGACCGUCCUCGCCGUCCUACGGCGGAUGCUCCCGCAUCUGGCCAAGAAUAUCGUCAUGGCUAUGCUGUACAUGCCGGGGCCCUUCCCUGAGUCGGACCUUUACACCUGGAUCCGCUCCGAUGCAGUCAAGGAACGAGACGAAGCGAUCGAUGUGCUUAAGCGCUUGCACAUACUCGAGAUCCACCCGGAGCACCCCACACCGCGCGCAUAUCGUAUAGACCCCGCGUUCUCCCUGUCGUUGAGGCAGGCGCUCGCUGGAGGCGGUAACCACAAUUCGUUCGGCGUGCCGUGCGCCGUGCCUGAUCCACACCCCAUGACCAUCCAAGAUCUCGAUGCGUGGUCAAGAGCAAAGUGGGAGGCUAUCCUGUACUACAUGGUUGGAGCAUUGAAUGUCUCUGACAACUCCGAGAGGAUUGCAAAUGGAACUAUGCAAUUGCUAUCAUUUGGAGGGUUCGUUCAGCCGCACGGCCCUCGGGUCAAAAUCACAAAAGAGGGCUUCUCAUUCAUAUUGCAAGAGGCGAAUACACAGGUGUGGCAACUUCUGCUCGUGUAUUUGGAGCAAGUCCCUCAGUUGAAAAUGGACCCCGUCCAGGUUCUUUCCUUUCUCUUUAUGCUGGGCUCCCUGACCCUCGGGCAAGACUAUAGCACAGAACCGCUGUCUGAGACGCAAAUACAUAUGCUUGACGAUUUGUCAGAUCUCGGUCUAGUGUACCGCCCUCCGAACGACAAGAGUCGUUACUAUCCAACUCGACUUGCUACAACCCUCACCUCUGACGCAGGUGCCAUCAUCGAACCGUCGGUCACUACAGACGCCCUUGAUGGUGUAAACAACGGUGCAAUGUCAGCAGCAGGUACAAAUGGCAAGGGCUACAUAAUCCUCGAGACCAACCACCGCUUGUACGCAUACACGAGCUCCCAAUUGCAGAUCCAGAUUCUGGGUCUGUUUUGCAAAUUACAUUCACGUUUUCCAAACUUGGUUUCGGGCCAACUGACCAAGCACUCGAUCAACCGUGCUAUCCAGCAGGGCAUCACGAGCGACCAAAUCAUCGCAUAUCUGACAACUCAUGCUCAUCCACAGAUGCUGCGCAACAAUCCCAUAUUACCGCCCACAGUUGUGGAUCAGAUCCGCCUGUGGCAGUUGGAGGAAGACCGGAUGAAGACCACCAUCGGUUUUAUGCUGCAGGAUUUUUCGAACUUUGCAGAAUACAAGGAUGUGGUGGACUACGCGGAGCAGCUAGGCGUUGUGAUGUGGCGCAAAGAUCAACUCAUGAAGUUUUUCGUAAGUGAUAUCCGACAACUGCAAGCUUUUAUCAAAAAUAGGCAGAGUAGAAAGGCUGGCUGAGGAAAACCUUGUGAACGUAACGUGUUCUCUUUUAGGUAAUUCAAAAAAGGGGCUUUUGACGGAAAUACCCCAGGAGUUGGAUGCACAGAGAUUCCGAUCUAGAAAUAUAUCUAGUAAACCUCUCCCUCAGCUUUUGGUUUCUCAGGAUUUCAAGCGUCAAUAUUCAUUUCUGAUCUCUUCGAGCGUUGCUGGUCACAAGACAGGCAUGUCUGGCUUUGUAGUGUAUUUUAUCAAUCAGAAUGUCCAAGUUUAUAGGGUAUUGCUUGACAGAGUCUGUCAUCCCUGAAGACUUCCCAUGCUAAGUUAUCUAGAAGCGACUAGCGCUCUAUGUUCCGUGUUUGCCAAGAGACUGCCUAUACUUGUAAUACCAGCUAGAAUCUCGGAAAUGCACAGUUUGUUCCGUAAUUGAUAAAU